AUGCCUCCACCGGGUGUGUGUCUGAGCAUUAUUAAUGCACGUCACAUGAAAGAUGGCAUUGGGACCUUCACCAACCCUGAGCGGUUUAACAACCAAGACUUUGAGCAGCUGAAACAGUUCUGUCUCAUCAAACAAGUGAGGUACAUCGACGACAUGUUCCCCCCUGACAGCAGGUCCAUCGGCAAAGGGAUACUGAGUCCUUCUGACCUGAAUCGAGUGGUGUGGCUGAGACCAUCAAAAAUAGUUCAAUAUCCAUCUUUUGAAGUUGCCGGGGUCUCCAGGUUUGACUUUGGGCAAGGCAUGGUUGGAAACUGCUGGUUUCUCGCAUCUAUUGGAGCUCUGACGUUCCAGGAUUUCAUCCUAAAGCAAGUUGUUCCUUUUGAGCAAAGAUUUGAUGAGGACUACUGCGGGCUGUUCCACUUCAGGUUCUGGAGAUUUGGAAGAUGGGUGGAUGUUGUCAUUGAUGAUAAGCUACCAACAGUUGAUGGCAGACUAAUCUUUGUUCGGCCGAAAGACCCAACUGAGUUCUGGCCUGCUCUGCUGGAGAAAGCCUAUGCCAAAGUGUGUGGUUCCUACUCAGACAUGACUGCAGGAACCCCUGCCGAGGCUUUGGUGGACUUCACUGGUGGUGUUCACAUUUGUGUUGAGCUGCAAGACCCUCCCGUAGACCUUUGGGAACUGAUGUGGAGAGCUGGUCAAUCCAAGUCACUGAUGGGCUGUGGUACACAGCAGGGGGACACCUCUGCCAACACUGUGUUACAAAAUGGAUUGGUCCAAGGCCAUGCCUACACUGUCACGGGUUUGAAGCAGAUGAUGAGCCAAGGGCAACUGGUACACCUGCUGCGUUUGUGGAACCCCUGGGGCACAGGAGAGUGGAAGGGAGACUGGAGUGAUGAGUCGCCUUUGUGGCAAACUGUGAGUCCUCAAGAUCGUGAGUCGUGCCGUUCAAUUGCUGAUGAUGGGGAGUUUUGGAUGACCCUUGAGGACUUCUGUAAGUUCUACACUGAUCUUGACAUCUGCUGCUUGUGUCCCGACUUCCUUGACGGAAACUCUUCAUGCCAUUGGAAGACCUCCUUCUAUGAGGGCCGAUGGGUUGCAGGAAUAACUGCUGGAGGAUGCAUGAAUAACUUCGACAGUUUCUGGACUAAUCCACAGUAUCGUGUCAAGAUUGAUGAUUUACUCAGUGAAUGUUCCGCACAACAGGGUGAGAAAAACAUUCUGGUGUCUCUCAUGCAAAAGCCUGACAAGAGAAACAGACGCCUUGUCCAAAAUCUCCACAUUGGCAUCAAUGUAUAUGAGGUGACUGAAGAAUACAAGGCACAGAGGGGGAAGUUCCCAGAAACUUUCUUCCGCAAGAACAACCCUGUUGCCCAAACUAAAGUCUACAAGAAUGGGCGCGAGGUGAUGGAGUUCUUUAGACUGAAGCCUGGCGAAUACCUGAUUGUGCCGUCCACAUUCAAUCCCAAUGAGACGGCCUCCUUCAUCCUGACCAUCCUCUCCAAGUCAGAGACCCACGUCCAUGAGAAUUCUGGUGGCCAUGACCACGACCAUAACGAUCCCACACAAAUCGGGAAUGGAGAGAGCGACGGAAAAAAGAGAAACCUUUUCCGUCAGUACUCUGACAAGUAUGAAGAAGUGGAUGCUGAGCAGCUUCAGAGGCUUCUAAAUGAAAACAUCCUGAAAGGAGACUUGAAAUCUGGAGGCUUCAGCAUUGAUGCCUGUCGUAGCAUGGUUGCUCUGAUGGAUGCAUCAAUCAGUGGCAAACUAAACGGUGAGGAAUUUGUUCGUCUGUGGAACAAGGUCGACACGUACAAGGACAUUUUCUUCCGUUCUGAUGUUUCAAAAACAGGAACACUCUCACUGAGUGAGCUGAGGAACGCAAUCAUGGCUUCAGGAAAGAGGAUCAGCGAUGACAUUCUGAAUUUGAUGGCUCUGCGUUACGGUGCCUCCUCUUCUGGACAAAUAACACUGGAGAGCUUCAUCAGUCUCGUCCUUCGCUUUGAUUGCAUGAACCAAAUCUUCAGCCAGUUGUCUAAUGGAAUGCAAUUAACUCUUCUCGAAUCAGAGUGGCUGUACCUUUCGAUGUACACCUAAUCUGACAGAGAAGAUGAACUGCAGGAUUAAUUUGGAAUUACAGCAGCAGAUGAUG